ACAAACCGCAAGUGGGCAGGUGACGCAGGAGUGGGGACUGUCCAACCGCCACCAUGGUUGCCCUCUCGCUGAAGAUCAGCAUUGGCAAUGUGGUGAAGACCAUGCAGUUCGAGCCUUCCACCAUGGUGUAUGAUGCCUGCCGGAUGAUCCGGGAGCGGGUGCCUGAGGCCCAGAUGGGACAGCCCAAUGAUUUUGGGCUGUUCCUUUCGGAUGAAGACCCAAAGAAAGGGAUCUGGCUGGAAGCCGGGAAGGCUCUGGACUACUACAUGCUUCGCAAUGGGGACACCAUGGAGUACAAAAAGAAGCAGCGGCCUCUGAAGAUCCGCAUGCUGGAUGGGACGGUGAAAACGGUCAUGGUUGAUGACUCCAAAACUGUCACAGACAUGCUCAUGACAAUAUGUGCCCGGAUUGGCAUCACCAACUAUGAUGAGUACUCGCUUGUUCGGGAGAUUAUGGAAGAGAAGAAAGAGGAGGUUACUGGCACCCUCAAGAAGGACAAGACCCUGCUACGAGAUGAGAAGAAAAUGGAGAAGCUCAAGCAGAAGUUGCACACGGAUGAUGAGUUGAAUUGGCUGGACCACGGCCGGACCCUGCGCGAGCAAGGCAUUGACGACAAUGAGACACUGCUGCUCCGGCGCAAGUUCUUCUACUCUGACCAGAACGUGGACUCACGAGAUCCUGUGCAGCUCAACCUGCUCUAUGUGCAGGCUCGUGAUGACAUCCUUAACGGUUCCCACCCUGUCUCAUUUGACAAAGCGUGCGAGUUUGCCGGUUACCAGUGCCAGAUCCAAUUUGGGCCACACAAUGAACAGAAGCACAAACCAGGCUUCUUGGAACUCAAGGAUUUCUUACCCAAGGAAUAUAUCAAGCAGAAAGGGGAGCGCAAGAUCUUUAUGGCUCACAAGAACUGCGGGAACAUGAGUGAGAUCGAAGCCAAAGUUCGCUACGUGAAACUUGCCCGUUCCCUGAAGACCUAUGGGGUCUCCUUUUUCCUGGUCAAGGAGAAGAUGAAGGGGAAGAACAAGCUGGUGCCGCGGCUGCUGGGGAUCACCAAGGAGUGUGUAAUGCGUGUAGAUGAGAAAACCAAGGAAGUGAUUCAGGAGUGGAGUCUGACCAACAUCAAGCGGUGGGCAGCCUCGCCCAAGAGCUUCACCUUGGAUUUUGGAGAUUACCAGGAUGGUUACUACUCGGUGCAGACAACAGAGGGGGAGCAGAUUGCCCAGCUGAUUGCUGGCUACAUCGACAUCAUCCUGAAAAAGAAAAAGAGCAAAGACCACUUUGGGCUGGAGGGGGAUGAGGAGUCCACCAUGCUGGAAGACUCUGUGUCCCCUAAGAAAUCGACUGUCUUACAGCAGCAAUUUAACCGUGUGGGCAAGGCAGAGCUGGGUUCAGUGGCCCUGCCAGCCAUCAUGCGGACAGGGGCUGGAGGGCCAGAAAACUUCCAAGUGGGCACGAUGCCGCAGGCCCAACUGCAAAUCACCAGUGGCCAGAUGCACCGAGGGCACAUGCCUCCCCUGACUUCAGCCCAGCAGGCCCUGACUGGCACCAUCAACUCCAGCAUGCAGGCCGUACACGCAGCCCGGGCCACUCUGGAUGACUUCGAGACCUUGCCGCCUCUUGGGCAGGAUGCUGCUUCCAAAGCUUGGCGCAAAAACAAGAUGGAUGAGUCAAAGCAUGAGAUUCAUUCCCAAGUGGAUGCUAUCACUGCUGGCACAGCCUCAGUGGUCAACCUAACUGCAGGUGAUCCAGCAGAUACGGACUACACAGCUGUAGGCUGUGCUGUCACCACUAUAUCUUCUAACCUGACGGAGAUGUCCAAGGGUGUGAAACUGCUGGCUGCCCUCAUGGAGGAUGAGGGAGGGAAUGGACGGCAGCUUCUGCAGGCAGCCAAGAACCUGGCAAGCGCCGUCUCGGACUUGCUGAAAACUGCACAGCCAGCCAGUGCUGAGCCCCGCCAGAAUCUCCUGCAGGCUGCCGGCCUUGUGGGCCAGACAAGUGGAGAACUGCUACAGCAAAUUGGAGAAAGUGAUACUGAUCCUCGCUUCCAGAUCCCAGAAAGCCGACGUGCUUGGAUCCUGCCCACCUCUGACCCAAAGACGGAUAUGCUCAUGCAGCUGGCAAAGGCCGUGGCCAGUGCUGCUGCCGCCCUAGUGCUGAAAGCCAAGAACGUGGCUCAGAAAACGGAGGACUCGGUGCUGCAAACGCAGGUGAUUGCAGCUGCCACGCAGUGUGCCCUCUCCACCUCCCAGCUCGUGGCCUGCACCAAGGUAGUGGCUCCCACAAUCAGCUCCCCGGUCUGCCAGGAGCAGCUAAUUGAGGCUGGCAAGCUGGUGGCCAAAUCGGCGGAGGGCUGCGUGGAGGCCUCCAAGGCAGCCACCAGUGAUGACCAGCUCCUGAAGCAGGUGGGGGUGGCAGCCACAGCUGUCACCCAGGCCCUGAACGACUUGCUGCAGCACAUCAAGCAGCACGCCACGGGUGGGCAGCCCAUUGGGCGCUACGACCAGGCCACCGACACCAUCCUCAACGUCACUGAGAACAUAUUCAGCUCCAUGGGCGAUGCAGGGGAAAUGGUGCGGCAGGCUCGUAUUCUGGCCCAAGCAACAUCUGACCUCGUGAACGCCAUCAAAGCCGAUGCAGAGGGAGAGACGGACCUGGAGAACUCGCGCAAGCUGCUGAGUGCAGCCAAGAUUCUGGCUGAUGCAACUGCCAAGAUGGUGGAGGCUGCAAAGGGAGCUGCAGCCCACCCAGACAGUGAGGAACAGCAGCAGCGGUUGCGUGAGGCAGCUGAGGGGCUCCGCAUGGCAACGAAUGCUGCAGCUCAGAACGCCAUUAAGAAAAAGCUUGUGCACAAGCUGGAGCACGCAGCCAAGCAGGCUGCAGCAUCUGCCACCCAGACCAUCGCUGCCGCGCAGCAUGCAGCUUCAUCCAACAAGAACCCAGCAGCACAGCAGCAGCUGGUGCAGAGCUGCAAGGUUGUGGCAGAUCAGAUCCCAAUGCUGGUACAAGGUGUACGAGGAAGCCAAUCCCAGCCGGACAGCCCCAGCGCCCAGCUGGCUCUCAUUGCUGCCAGCCAGAACUUCCUGCAGCCAGGUGGGAAGAUGGUUGCUGCAGCCAAGGCCACUGUCCCCACCAUUACAGACCAGGCCUCUGCUAUGCAGCUCAGCCAGUGUGCCAAGAACUUGGCUGCAGCUCUUGCCGAGCUCCGCACAGCCGCGCAGAAGGCUCAGGAGGCUUGUGGGCCCCUAGAAAUAGACUCUGCGCUGGGCCUUGUGCAGAGCCUGGAGAGGGACUUACAGGAAGCCAAGGCCGCUGCAAGGGAUGGCAAACUCAAGCCUCUGCCAGGAGAAACGAUGGAGAAGUGUGCCCAGGACCUGGGGAACAGCACAAAAGCUGUCAGCUCUGCUAUCGCUCACCUCCUUGGAGAGGUGGCCCAGGGCAACGAGAACUACACAGGAAUUGCUGCCCGAGAGGUGGCCCAGGCCCUGCGCUCACUCAGCCAGGCUGCCCGUGGCAUUGCAGCCAACACGUCGGACCCUCAGGCACAGAGUGCCAUGCUGGAGUGCGCUGGUGACGUUAUGGAUAAAGCAAACAACCUCAUUGAGGAAGCACGAAAGGCAGUGGCCAAGCCUGGUGACCCAGAGAGCCAGCAGCGUCUGGCCCAGGUAGCCAAGGCAGUGUCUCAGGCCCUGAAUCGCUGUGUGAACUGCCUCCCAGGACAGCGGGAUGUGGACGCUGCCAUCCGUACAGUGGGCGAGGCCAGCAAGAGGCUGCUAGCAGAUUCGUUCCCACCCAGCACCAAGAGCUUCCAGGAGGCACAGAGCCAACUGAAUCAAGCAGCAGCAGGACUCAACCAGUCUGCCAACGAGUUGGUACAGGCAUCGCGUGGCACCCCUCAAGACUUGGCCAAGUCCUCUGGCAAAUUUGGACAAGACUUCAAUGAGUUCUUGCAGGCUGGAGUGGAGAUGGCCAGCCUGUCCCCGACUAAGGAAGACCAGGCGCAGGUGGUGUCAAACUUGAAGAGCAUCUCCAUGUCCUCCAGCAAGCUAUUGUUGGCUGCAAAGGCGCUUUCCGCUGACCCCACAGCCCCUAACCUCAAGAAUCAGCUAGCAGCAGCUGCACGGGCCGUGACUGACAGCAUUAACCAGCUGAUCACAAUGUGCACCCAGCAGGCACCAGGCCAGAAGGAAUGUGACAACGCCCUGAGGGAGCUGGAGACUGUGAAGGAGCUGUUGGAGAACCCCACCCAGACUGUCAAUGACAUGUCCUACUUCAACUGCCUCGACAGUGUCAUGGAGAACUCCAAGGUGCUAGGCGAGUCCAUGGCUGGGAUUUCCCAGAAUGCCAAGAACAGCAAACUACCCGAGUUCGGAGAGUCCAUCAGUGCUGCCUCCAAAGCUCUCUGUGGCCUCACAGAGGCAGCAGCCCAGGCUGCCUACCUUGUGGGUGUUUCAGAUCCCAACAGUCAGGCUGGACAGCAAGGCUUGGUAGACCCCACUCAGUUUGCCAGAGCUAACCAAGCCAUCCAGAUGGCCUGUCAGAACCUGGUGGACCCUGCCUGCACACAGUCCCAGGUGCUAUCAGCAGCCACCAUCGUGGCUAAACACACCUCAGCCCUAUGCAACACAUGCCGGCUGGCCUCCUCCCGCACUGCCAACCCUGUUGCCAAGCGCCAGUUUGUCCAGUCAGCCAAGGAGGUGGCCAACAGCACAGCCAACUUGGUGAAGACUAUCAAGGCCCUGGAUGGUGCAUUCAACGAGGAGAACCGGGAGCGGUGCCGUGCAGCCACAGCCCCUCUCAUAGAGGCUGUGGAUAACCUGACAGCCUUCGCCUCCAACCCAGAGUUUGCCACUGUUCCUGCCCAGAUCAGCCCUGAGGGACGCAGAGCCAUGGAGCCCAUCGUCUCUUCUGCCAAGACCAUGCUGGAGAGCUCUGCCGGCCUCAUUCAGACUGCUCGCUCUCUAGCCGUCAAUCCCAAGGACCCACCCCAGUGGUCGGUGCUGGCUGGCCACUCUCGCACUGUCUCUGACUCCAUCAAGAAGCUGAUCACCAACAUGAGGGACAAAGCUCCUGGACAGAGGGAGUGUGACGAGGCCAUCGAGGUCCUGAACAGGUGCAUGCGGGAGGUGGACCAGGCUUCCCUUGCUGCCAUUAGCCAGCAGCUGGCCCCCCGAGAAGAUAUUUCCCAGGAGGCUUUGCACAACCAGAUGAUCACAGCUGUUCAAGAGAUCAACAACUUGAUUGAGCCAGUGGCCAGUGCAGCCCGGGCUGAAGCCUCCCAGCUGGGACACAAGGUGUCCCAGAUGGCUCAGUACUUUGAGCCACUCAUUAUGGCAGGUAUUGGAGCUGCCUCCAAAACACCCAACCACCAGCAGCAGAUGAACCUCCUGGACCAGACCAAAACGCUGGCUGAGUCUGCCCUGCAGAUGUUGUACACAGCCAAGGAGGCUGGUGGGAACCCCAAGCAAGCUGCCCACACCCAGGAGGCUCUGGAGGAGGCUGUGCAGAUGAUGAAGGAAGCUGUGGAGGAUCUAACCACCACACUGAAUGAGGCAGCCAGCGCUGCAGGUGUUGUUGGGGGCAUGGUGGACUCCAUCACCCAGGCCAUCAACCAGCUGGAUGAGGGGCCAGUGGGUGAGCCAGAAGGGUCCUUUGUGGACUACCAGACCACCAUGGUCAAGACAGCCAAGGCUAUUGCAGUGACCGUGCAGGAGAUGGUCACCAAAUCCACCACCAACCCAGAUGAGUUGGGCAUACUGGCCAACCAACUCACCAAUGACUACGGGCAGCUGGCACAAGAGGCCAAGCCAGCUGCGCUCACUGCUGAGAAUGAGGAGAUUGGCUCCCACAUCAAGCGUCGGGUGCAGGAGCUGGGUCAUGGCUGUGCCGCCCUGGUAACCAAGGCGGGAGCCUUGCAGUGCAGCCCCAGUGAUGCCUAUACCAAGAAGGAGCUGAUAGAGAGCGCACGCAAGGUUUCUGAGAAGGUGUCUCAUGUGCUAGCAGCCCUGCAGGCUGGGAACCGUGGGACGCAAGCCUGUAUUACAGCAGCCAGUGCUGUCUCUGGCAUCAUUGCUGAUCUCGACACCACCAUCAUGUUUGCCACUGCAGGAACCCUCAAUCGAGAGAACUCCGAGACCUUCGCUGACCACAGGGAGGGCAUCUUGAAGACAGCCAAGGCGCUGGUGGAAGACACCAAGGUGCUGGUGCAGAAUGCCACGGCCAGCCAGGAGAAGCUAGCCCAGGCUGCACAGUCCUCUGUAUCCACCAUCACCCGCCUGGCAGAAGUGGUGAAGCUGGGUGCUGCCAGCCUGGGCUCUGAAGACCCUGAGACUCAGGUGGUUCUGAUCAAUGCUGUGAAGGAUGUGGCCAAGGCACUUGGAGACCUGAUCAGUGCCACUAAGGCAGCUGCUGGCAAAGCUGGGGAUGACCCUGCUGUCUACCAAUUGAAGAACUCUGCUAAGGUGAUGGUCACAAAUGUGACUUCCUUGCUGAAGACAGUGAAGGCUGUUGAGGAUGAGGCCACGAAGGGGACGCGGGCACUGGAGGCCACGAUUGAGCACAUACGCCAAGAGCUGGCAGUCUUCUCCAGCCCAGUGCUUCCUGCCAAGACUUCAACUCCGGAGGACUUUAUCCGUAUGACAAAAGGCAUCACCAUGGCAACAGCCAAGGCUGUGGCUGCUGGCAACUCAUGUCGGCAGGAGGACGUCAUCGCCACAGCAAACCUGAGCCGUCGCGCCAUCGCUGAUAUGCUGCGCUCCUGCAAGGAAGCCGCCUACCACCCAGAGGUGAGCGCAGACGUGCGCCAGCGGGCGCUCCGCUUUGGCAAGGAGUGUGCUGAUGGCUACUUGGAGCUGCUGGAGCAUGUACUGGUGAUCCUACAGAAGCCAACUCAUGAGCUGAAGCAGCAGCUGGCUGGAUACUCUAAGCGCGUGGCCAGCUCCGUCACUGAACUCAUCCAGGCUGCUGAGGCCAUGAAAGGGACGGAGUGGGUUGACCCAGAAGAUCCCACUGUCAUUGCUGAGAAUGAGCUGUUGGGGGCAGCGGCUGCCAUUGAGGCUGCAGCCAAGAAACUGGAGCAGCUGAAACCAAGGGCCAAGCCCAAGCAAGCAGAUGAGAGUCUGAACUUUGAGGAGCAAAUCCUGGAAGCUGCCAAAUCCAUUGCUGCAGCCACAAGCGCCCUGGUGAAGGCAGCCUCAGCAGCCCAGCGAGAAUUGGUGGCCCAAGGAAAGGUGGGUGCCAUCCCAGCCAACGCAGUGGACGAUGGACAGUGGUCCCAGGGACUCAUUUCAGCCGCACGCAUGGUAGCUGCUGCCACCAACAAUCUGUGUGAAGCCGCCAAUGCAGCAGUGCAAGGCCACGCCAGCGAAGAGAAACUCAUCUCAUCAGCCAAGCAGGUGGCUGCCUCCACAGCACAGCUCCUGGUGGCCUGCAAGGUGAAGGCUGACCAUGACUCAGAAGCCAUGAAGAGGCUCCAGGCCGCCGGCAAUGCCGUGAAGAGAGCGUCGGACAAUCUGGUGAAGGCAGCCCAGAAAGCAGCUGCCUUCCAGGACCAUGAUGAGACCGUGGUUGUGAAGGAGAAGAUGGUUGGGGGAAUUGCACAGAUCAUCGCUGCCCAGGAGGAGAUGCUGCGCAAGGAGCGGGAGCUGGAGGAGGCCCGGAAGAAGUUGGCCAUGAUCCGGCAACAGCAGUACAAGUUCCUGCCCUCGGAGCUGCGGGACGAGGAGCAGAACUGAGCCCUGUGCGACUGAGCUGCUCCUGGGCAGAGCCCUCCCGCCACUCACUGCACAGACUGCUGCCGCCGGCUCCUAUUUAAGACCCACUUCGAGCAAAGGGCUGCCUUGGAUAGACCAGAGCUCUUCCUGCACCCAGAGCGCCGGGCCUAACUGAGACACCGCUCACCACUGCCCCGAGCAGGCGCUGCACCAGCAACUCUGCUUCGCCGCCCAGCCCACCUUCCCACGCGCACGCACAU